ACUGGUGUUGGCAAGUCUUCGCUGAUCAACCACGCAUUCGGAGUAGAAAACGCGAUGGCUUCGCACGAACAGCCGGGCGAAGCCAGCAUCGACCACGAGUUCAUCUCACCGCAGAAUAACAGAUUUGUUCUCCAUGAUAGCAAAGGUUUUGAACCAGGAGAAAUAGACAACCUCAAGGUUGUCCGAGAUUUCAUUGAGCGCCGGAGAGUAAUGCCUGAUUUGAAAGAUCGGCUACACGCUGUUUGGCUUUGCUUUGAAAUACCCUGCACAGGCGGGCGCUUACUGGAGACCGGCGUGGAGCAAUUUCUCACAUCGAAGCGCGAAGGAGACCUGGGAGACAUUCCCAUUGUUGUGGUUUUCACUAAAUACGACACCCUCCUCGUUCACGUGGAGCGAACUCUGGACAAGUCGACUAUCAAGGGCUUGGACAAUGCGGCUAUCCAGAAACGCAUGAAGGAAAGCGCGGAAGACAAGCUAAAGAAAGUCUGUAUCGCACCCCUGGAGAAAUUUGCAGGGCCCGGUAUUCCGCAUGUUGCAGUUUCCACAAAUGGACAGCACGAGGAGACGCUGGCCUGUUUGAUCCGAACCACCGAAGAUCUCGUUUGUAAGCAUGUUGGGACCGACGCGUCGGUGAUGACAUCCGUCGCUCAGCGAGUGGAUCCCGGACUGAAGAUCAAGGCAUCGAUAGACCUUCAUGUCUGUCUUUUAGAAUACUGGAAGGCACUCGCGUCAGUCGCACCAUUUAAGGAUCGUUCGAUGUGGGAGUGUCUGCAUGUGCUUCACACUGACAUCGUCAAAGUGUGGAACUUUCAAGACCCUAAUGACUACUUGUGCAGCCCAGAGUUCAGAACACUGAUGACGAACAUGGCUGAUGAGCUAGACGUUGGACCAACUGCCGAUCCCAACAAGAACCUUGCAUUUGGGCUUUCCGUUGUGGGUACUAUUGUGGGCAUCGUGUCUGCCCUAGCCGGACCUGCUGCCCCCAUCGUAGUGCCGAUAGUGGCAAGUGUUGUGGUUGCGAAAUGGGCCCACGACGUAUAUCAGCGGUCGUACGUCCUGCUACUCAUACUCUAUGGAGAGAAUAACAACAGGUCUCUUCCCAGCUGCUUGGCGCUCCAGCGCUUCAUGAUAUACAUAAUCGACUUGACACUCGUGUUGCAGACGCUGUAUCUCGUGUCUGGAAACCAAGAACUGUCGCGUAGAGCCAUCAAGCUUGCGUUCAAGUCCUACCACGACUCACCAACGAGCGGAAGGGUGCAUAAUAAAAUUCAGGAGUACGAGAGGCAAUUGACCUUUUUGGAACGCGCGGACCGCGAUUCAUUAGACGAAUUCGUCAAGCUGCUAGAGUCAUGUGGCAUCAGUGCAGAAGAAAUGUUGGUUCUUCGGGGAAAACUUCCCGUUGUGGAUUUAUCUUCGGAUGAACCAUGGGACGAGAAGUCUUAG